GAGGAGACUCCGCCCCUCGGGCCCGCCCCUGGAGGAGCCCCGGAUCGGGCCCUCCCUGCCGGCCCCGCCCCCACCAUGGCCACGCCCCUCCGGAGCCACGCCCGGCCUCGCCCACCUGGCCCCAACGCCCCGCCCACUGCGCAGGACACGCCCCCAGGACACGCCCUUCCCGGGGCCAGAGGUGGAGUCAGGGCCCGAGGACAAGCGGAAGGGUCGGGGCGAGCGCCUCAAACGCUGCAUCCGAACGGCGGCCGGGACGAGCUGGGAGGAUCCCAGUCUGCUGGAGUGGGACACUGAUGAUUUCCGUAUUUUCUGCGGGGAUUUGGGCAAUGAGGUGAAUGACGAGACCCUGGGCCGCGCCUUCGGGCGCUUCCCGUCCUUCCUCAAGGCCAAAGUGAUCCGGGACAAACGCUCGGGGAAGACCAAGGGCUACGGCUUCGUGUCCUUCAAGGACCCCAACGACUACGUCCGGGCCAUGAGGGAGAUGAACGGUAAAUACGUGGGCAGCCGGCCCAUCAAGCUGCGCAAGAGCCAAUGGAAGGAUCGGAACCUCGAGGUCGUUCGGCGCAAGCAGCGCGAGAAGAAGAAGCUGGGCCUGAGAUGACCCCCCCUGGGGGGGACUGGGAGCCACUGGGAGCCACU